CUUUGACGGCGGGUUGCCUGGUUCAGGUAAUUUACCUUAAAUAAAUAAUGAUUAAACACCCUUAGCCAAUAGAAACUCCGCACACUUUAGAUGAAAUAUAACUCCCGGAAAUAUAAUAUCAUUAGCAAUCGAGAGCUAAGUUCUUCAAAAUGCUGUCCUUUCUAGUUGUUUUAGCUGUAAUUAAUUGGCCAGGCUGUCUUGGCUCCAAUAAUGUGUACAAUCUCAACGAACGGGACUUCGAAGGUUACAUCCGGGAUAAGGACAUAAUGCUGGUUGAUUUUUACGCGCCUUGGUGUACACAUUGUAAAGAACUGAGCCCCGAGAUUGAUGCAGCCGCUGAACAACUCGCUUCCAAGAACAUGUAUGUGUUUGCAAAGGUGGACUGUGUCAACGACGGCAAACAGUUGUGUCAGCGGUUUAACAUACAGGGCUACCCCACGAUUAAGUUGUUUAAGUAUGGUCAGUACGUUGGAGAUUAUGUUGGACAGCGAGACAGAGGCUCACUGAUGCAGUAUGUCGAUUCGGUGGCCUCAACGUUUUCGCAACGUGCACCGCUGGUCAACAGUUUGGCUACACCUCUGGGUCAACCAAUUAACUACAAGCCGCACGCUCAGUUAUUAGCUCUGCACCAUGCUCCCGCAAUUCAAGCAGCAGCCGCGGCCGUUGCGCCGACUUUCACGAAUCAGGCAAACAUGCACGCGAAGAACCCGUCUCUUAUGAACUCGUUUUACGGUGCGUCAGCGCAUGCGCAACCUCCUGCAAACCUGGCUGCUUUUCUUGGCAAGCAACAAGCAAGCCCAGACUCUUUGCAGUCAAAAUUUGGCAGCCUGUCGUCGCUCGACAUUUAUAGAGCUAAGCUUAAAAUGAUCGCAGCUUACAAGAACUAUCAGCGUCGCCUUAAAGAGUACAGAAUGAAACUUAUGGCCAGUAAAGCAAACGUAAAUCCCAAUCCUCAAGCCUUUCCAGGCGCGGUAACUCAUCCGCCUCGUCCCGGUGUAAAUGCAUUCGCUCAGCCCCAGCCCUAUCGCGGGUAUUAUCGACCCGAGGCCCUGGCAGCACAGAAUGUGCAGAUCAAUCGCGCGUAUCCCCAAGCUGGCUAUGGAGUCAAUACCAUGGGUUAUCCCAACCAGUUUGGCAGUCCUUAUGGUUAUCAAGCUGUGGCCAGUAGUCCGUAUUACAGAAGUAAAAUGGGUCACGGGAAGGGUAAGAAUCCUGGGAAGCUAAGAAGACCUGCGCCGCGUCCUGCUGCUCUCAGAAACCCCGCUUACAAUCGUCAGCCUGGUAGAACUCGAUUCAACAGCCAGGCAGCUUAUUAUUACAAACAACAACACCAGCGACAGCAACAAUUUCAACAAGCUUCCCGGCAGCAAUAUUACCGUCAGCCAAAGCAACAGAGGCAACAAUUUAGACAGAAGCAGCCACAACGACAAUAUAAACAGGAGCCUCAGCAACUCCGGCAGUUUCAACAAGAGCCACAGCAACAACAGCGGUUUCUACAGGAGGCACAGCAACUCCAGCAACAACAACAACAACAACAACGACAACAACAGUCGCAGGGCGAUCAACAAACCUUCAAGCAGAAUGAGCCCCAACCUGUGGAAAAGUUUCCUUUAUCUCUCCCUGAACAGCCAAGCGAUUCGCCAUCAAAACCAUCAAAACCAGACACGUCAGCUCUCAAGGAUCUGAAAGCUGACAUUGAGAGCGCCAUCCAGGACGCUCUGAGGAAUGCUGUAACAAAAAGUGCGCAGAAGACUAAGCCGAGUGAGGAGGUACACGUUGACGUUGAGAGGGCUAAGCCUCAGAUCCCUGAAGCGUCUCCUGAACAAGCGGGAUCUGGAUCUGGAGUCCAGACACAAAAUAUAUCUCAGCAGGGUAGCGUUGGGGAUGCUGUGAAUGGUGAAGCCCAUAGUGGUAGUGGGUCGGGUUUAAAACCCGAAUCCCGGUGAAGAACUAAAUUAAGAAGCGAGAGACACCUGAGGUUAUUCCAAAUCUGGAACGAGAAUGUUUUUAAACCAAAAAUUGGUCUCUGAAUUUUUGUAAAGAGUUCUCUCCACCUUGAGUUGAUGAGUAACAUUUCUUCUGGCAUAUCCAAGUGCAAAGUUCCUUCCAAAUCAAUCUUCACGUGCGAAUCGUUUGCACAUGAUAGUUUUCGUUUGCACAUGACACUUUCCUUAUUUGGUACAUCAAAAAAAUCAAUGAAAUAUGUUAGAAAAAAGUUACAGUAAUUUUAUCUACGAGAAGACGAUAGAAGUUCCCUCUUUUGAUCUCUGAUCAACACAUUUCUCCUUCUUUUCUCUCGUAUUGCGGAAGAAAGCAGAAAUAGACUAUAAAGAAUCAAAACAGCCAAUCUGAAAAUUAUAAUUUCAAUAAAAGUAUAUUUUGUAAAGUCGAAAUAAAAAUGAAAAUAAAACUAUUUUUU